AUGGUGAAAACUCCCUUCUAUGACAAAAAUGGACUCAAGAAAGGUGCAUGGAGUGCAGAAGAGGAUAAUAUAUUACGAGCUUAUAUUCAGAAAUUAGGCCAUUCCAACUGGCGGAAACUUCCCAAAUCUGCAGGUCUAUCAAGAUGUGGGAAGAGUUGCAGACUGCGAUGGAUGAACUAUCUCAGGCCAAAUGUAAAACUGGGAAACUACACUGAGGAAGAAGAUCUUCUCAUCACCAAAUUGCAUGGUGAACUUGGGAAUAAAUGGUCGAUGAUAGCGACAAGAUUGCCUGGAAGAACAGAUAAUGAAAUAAAAAACCACUGGCACACCCACCUGAAGAACCGCACAAAGAAAAUGUCUACACCAAUAUCUAAGGGGAAAGAUCAGUCUGCCGGAAAAAUUUACCGACGCCGUGAAGCCGAUCAAGUUGGUAUAAAGGAAGCUGAAAAUGAUAUAUGCAGUGAACCCUAUUACCAAAUCUUAGAGAGCUUUUCAUUAUCUCCUGAAACAUGUCCCGUUGAAUUCUCCUCCUUGUCCUGCUCUGAGAAUAGACAUGUGUCUAUGGAAGAAGAUUGUUUUGCGACAUUGGAAACACUUGAACAAUCGUUUGAGAAUUUUUGGACUGAACCAUUUUUAAUGGAAGAUACCUACAUCCAAACAAAGUAUCCAGCAUCCUUGCCUGAGGGAGAAUUUAGUCAAUCAUCAUCAUGCUUCAAUGACGGCAUAGAUUUGAUCCACCAAGUAAUUCAAGAACUACCAGAGAAUUAA